AUGCCUCAACAAAAGACAUCCUCACUCAAGACAUAUCUUGACGAGAUAGAGGAGACCAACGGCGAUGAUGAAUGUAAGGCAUGGUUAAAGAGAGUUUUCGACUUGAAGGUUGAAUUAGCAAAUUUUGUUGCUACGCGCCGGGCAGGAGAGGGAAGUGGAAAGUAUAUCGGUUUUCUUAAAGGCUCCUUCAACUUCAGCUUCCGCUUCAGCUUUGACGAUGGAGGGCCGGACGCCAUUAUUCGGUUCCCAAAACCAGGACACACCGCUACAGCUUAUAGGGAUGAAAAGGUUACAAACGAGGUCCAGAUCAUGGAAUACCUCCGCCAAAACACUAAUAUUCCUAUUCCUCGUGUUCAUAGCUGGGGCUUAAGCGCCGAGAGCCCACAACUUGGCCCAUUUAUUAUCAUGGAUUAUAUUGAAGGAGUACUAUUAUCAACCAUCUUGAAGCAACCAGAUCAAGAAGACGUGAUUCUAAACCCAGAUAUCGACAACACAAUAUUGGAUAAGAUCUAUCGUCAAAUCGCCCAUUACAUGCUUCAACUUUCUCAACUUACAUUUCCUCGCAUUGGAGCUAUCUCGAAGGAUCACGAUUCAGAUACAUGGUAUGUUGCCGGACGACCCUUAACAUACAACAUGAACGAGUUGGCGACCGUUUCUGGCUAUCUUGAUAAUAAAUUUCCUAUCACACCAUUUGACCGCGCUAGCGAUUAUCUGAGAUCAAUUGCGAACGAACACAUAACCCACCUUUGGACCCAGCGCAACCUCGCAGAUAAUGCAGAAAUUGCGCAGAAGCGGUUUAUUGCCCGUCAUCGAUUCACACAGCUUAUCCAAAAGUACUACGUUGAGGAUAGUGGACCAUUUAUACCCUUCAGUGAUGACAUGCGACCGUCGAACAUGCUUGUAAACCCGGAAACACUAAGUAUUACCGCCGUACUUGAUUUGAAAUUCACAAAUGCCAUGCCGGCCGAGUUCACGUAUGACCCGCCUUGGUGGUUGCUGUUGUCUGGGCCAGAAAUGUGGCUUGAACGCUGCGCUAAGGAUGAGUUCUUGACUCUCUAUGAGCCCAGAUUGACCCAGUUCCUGCGAGCGCUGGAACAAGUGGAAGACGAAACAGCACUAGAGUGCAAGCAAUCCAGUGGGCCACCUCUUUCUACUCGCAUGCGCGACUCGUGGAGGACUGGCCGCUUCUGGUUCGAUUAUGCAGCGAGAAAGAGUUUCGACGUGGACAUCAUCUAUUGGGCGGCGCUGCAUGACGGCAGUAUGGGUGCUGAGUCGCUUGACGACAAGACGCGUGCAGAGGUGGAGUUGUUUGCGCAGGCAAAGAUGGAGCAACUGAAGGCUUAUAAAGAGGAAUACGAAAGAUUAGAUGUACGACGAGGCGUGUGGCGUAUCUUCUCGAGUUAA